CCUACCUACUGAGUACUGCCUGCUAUUCGCCAUAACAAAAUAGCAACAUCAGCAAAAACACACAGUAUCACGUCCAUGAUAUAUACUGAAUCUGAGUUGUCUAUUGUUUUGGCUUGGCGAACAACGUUGAAAUCAAAUCAAAACAUUUGUUUGUGAAUAAAAAAAAGGAGAAAAUGUCAAAAGGUGAUCAACACAAGAAUGAGGGGGAAGAAGAGGGAGAAGAAGAGUUUUCCGUCGAGAAGGUGCUGGAUUGUAGGAUUAAAAAUGGAAAGACGGAGUAUCUUUUGAAGUGGAAAGGUUAUUCAGAUGAAGACAAUACCUGGGAACCUGAGGAAAAUUUGGAUUGCCCUGAGUUAAUCCAGGAGUUCAAGGAUUCCAGAAAGAAGAGAGAUUCUAACAAGAGACAACAAGAUUCCAACAAGGAGGAAGGUCCAAAGCAAUCCGCUAAGAAGAAAAAAACUGAAAAAGAAGACACUAAAACACAACCAAAAAAGAAAGUGAUCAUCGAGGAAGACAAUCGACCAAGAGGUUUUGAGCGGAACCUGGAGCCUGAGAAAGUCAUCGGAGCAACUGAUGCAAGUGGGGAGUUAAUGUUUCUGAUGAAGUGGAAGGGAACGGAUGAGGCUGAUUUGGUUCCCGCGAGACAGGCCAACGUAAGGUGCCCACAAGUGGUCAUCCAAUUUUAUGAGGAGCGCCUUACAUGGCACACCUCUGCUACUGACGAGUCCGGUUAAUUCACCAUCUCUGUUACUUCACUAUCUACCAAUCAAAGCCUUGGCAGAGCAGGCCGUAUUAUUGUCUUUUGAUUUCAUGUACAGUUAAUUUACUGUAAAUCCAUUAUUUUGUGAUAACCAUGACUUAUACUUUAAAAAUCUAUUCUUCUUUUGGCAUUAUAAUGAAAAAUGGUUUGCUCAACCUGAAAUAAUUUUUGUAAUGGCUUAGUGAAGUUAACUGUAAGUGUAUGUAUGUAAGUAAUGUUAGCACAUUAAAAGUUUAUAUUUUAA